UGUAUAUUAAUUCUUAUUUCGAUCCAUCUUCCUUCCACAGCUCAGUAUCGUGCCCCGCGCAUCACGGAACAUCCGAGCAACGUGCUGAUACCGAAAAACGAACCCACAACGUUGAACUGCAAGGCGGAAGGCAAACCGGAACCGACGUUCCAGUGGUACAAGGACGGCGAGCCGGUCAAGUUUACGCCCACCCACUUCCUGCUGCCGUCGGGAUCGCUGUUCUUCCUGAGGACACUGCACGGCAAGAAGGAAAACGAUGCCGGCGUUUACCGGUGCGUGGCUUCCAACAUGGUUGGCGUCGCCGAGAGUCGUAACGCGACGCUGCAGAUUGCACUGCUCCGAGAAGACUUCCGGGUGGAGCCGAAAGACACGCGCGUGGCGGCCGGAGAGACGGCCCUGCUGGAGUGCGGAGCCCCGAAGGGAACUCCGGACCCCACGAUACGCUGGCUCAAGGACGACAUCCGGCUGGCACUGGACGACGGGCAGCAGCAGCAACAACAGCAGCAGCACCUCCUUCGCUCGGCCAAAGAGAUCGGCCGGAUGCGGAUCGUGGACGGUGGCAACCUGAUGAUCAGCGACGUGCGGCCAGCGGACAGCGGGCGCUACCAGUGCAUCGCCCAAAACACGGUCGGGAUCCGCGAAAGCGCCAUCGCCCGGCUGACGGUGCAAGUAAAACCAUUCUUCAAGGUGGAACCGAUGGACGCCACCGCGCUGGUUGGCCAGCGCGUUCAGUUCAUGUGCGCCGUCGACGGCGACCCAACGCCACAGAUCUUGUGGAGCAAAGAGAACGGCCACAUCCCGGUGGGCCGUGCCGAGAUCCUGGAGGAAGAUCGCAGCCUGGUGAUCCGCAGUGUGGUCCCGAACGACCAGGGCCUGUACAGCUGCGAGGCUCACAACGCGAUCGGUCAGAUUAAGGCCAAGGCGCACCUCAUUGUGAACUCUCCCCCCACGUUCCUAAUCAAACCGCAGGACCAGAAGACGGCCCUGAACGGUGUGGCUUCGUUCAAAUGCACCGCUUCGGGCAACCCGCCGCCGUCGGUGUUCUGGACCAAGGAAGGCUCCCAGACGCUGAUGUUCCCCAACAACACGUACGACAACAUGCAGGUAUCCGUUCAGAGAACGCUCCAGAUCCGCGGUGUCCAGAAGGAUGACGACGGGUACUACAUCUGCUCGGCUCUCAGUGUGGCCGGAUCGACGACUAGCAGGGCCUACCUACAGGUGCUCUCGUCGGAGGACAGCAGCCCUCCGCCGGUGCUGCAGGUCGUACCGGCCAACCAAACGCUACCCCGUGGCAACGUAGCCCUGCUGCCGUGCCAUGCCAGCGGCACCCCGACGCCGAUGGUUCGCUGGAUGAAAAAUGCCUCCGAUAUCAACCUUUCCGGCGGCGGCGGUAACGGACGCUUCUCCAUCAUCCAGACUGGAACCCUGCGCAUCGACGAUCUACGAAACGAGGACAGUGGCUGGUACCGAUGCGUGGCGUUUUCCGAGAAGGGAGAGACCUCGUGGAGUGCUUACUUAACGGUCGAAAGCGAUCUCUCCUCGAUGCAGCAUCGAUCGCACAACGCGGAUCUAUUGCCGUCCGCACCGGGAGCGCCCAGGGCGGUCAACAUAACGAACAGCAACAUCACGCUGACCUGGACCCGGGGUCAGGAUGAGCUGCAGAUCAAUCCGGUGACGGGCGGUUACACGAUCGAGUACUACAGCCCGGAAGAGAAGGCCGGCUGGAUCAAGGCCAUGAGCCGGAUUCCGGGCUACACGGCUACGAUCACAAACCUUUCGCCUUCGACGUCCUAUAUGUUCAUCAUCCGGGCCGAGAAUAGUUACGGAUAUUCGGCUCCGUCACCAACUUCCGCCAUCAUCAGGACGCUGUCGGCAAGCGAUGGUGUUAAAAUGCCGGAAGAAAUCGAAACAGCUCGACUGGUACUUAACGGACAGAUCGUGGAGCUGGUGGACGUAAUACCGCUGAACUCCACCAGCGUGCGGCUCGAGUGGCAACUACACAUCAGCAACACCGAGGAGUACGUCGAGGGCAUGUACGUGCGCUUCCGCAACCUGUCGUCCACCGAACCGCAGAGCUACAGCAUGCUGACGAUACCGAUCAACCCCUCGGAGACGCACGUCAUCACGGGGCUGGAGAAGUUCACUCGCUACGAGUUCUUCCUGACGCCCUUCUUCAAGACGGUCGAGGGCCAACCGACCAGCUCGAAGGUGGUCCAAACGCUGGAAGACUUUCCGACCGGUGCCCCGGUCAACGUGCAGACGGGGAUGGUCAAUCUGACCACGGGCCUCGUCAACUGGCAGCCACCGCCGGACAGCCAACUGAACGGGGUGCUGCUCGGCUACAAGGUCCAGCUGCGGGCCCUCAACUCAUCGAAGGUGCUGGCCCAAAUCACUCUCAACGCUACGGCGACGUCGAUCUUCUUCCACAGCCUAACCACCGGCACGACGUACACGGUGCGCGUGGUGGCCUUCAACCGGGUCGGUGCCGGACCGUACUCGAAGCCAGCGUUCCUCAUCAUGGACCCGGCCCACGUGAUAGCUCCACCGCGAGCCCACAACUCGGUCAGCGACAUGGAGGGCUACCGGCACCAGAGUUUGCUGCACGAGACCUGGUUCAUGGUGGUGAUGAUCCUGCUACUACUGGCCGUGCUCACCACGGCGUCCGUCGGGGCCGUGCUGUUCUUCCGCAAUCGGGCCAAGAUGAGCAAGGAGAUGAUGAGUGCCACGGUUCCGGUGAUCACCGGCAGUUCCGACAGUCGAAGGCCGACCGUGGCCGUUUCACGACGCGACUGUCUUUGGAUCGAUCGCGGAUGGCGGUCUACCGAUACGGACAAGGACUCGGGACUGAGUGAGGCGAAGCUGCUCGAGAGCUCACAGAACCCGGGCAACUAUGCCGACGUUAGCACCGACUACGCCGAGGUGGAUCCCAGGAGCAUCACGUCGUUCUAUAAUAGCCGCAAGUCUCCGGAUAAUCCGUCGCCGUACGCAACGACCGUCCUCGUGAACGGGAAUCCGAACGAGAAUGCGAAGAUCAUCUACCAAGGACUGGACGGUUACAUAUCGGGAGCUUCUACCCAGCGCUCCGAUCCCGCGCAGUACCUACCGGGACAUCCGAAGGGCUUCACUCCGGUUCCGUACAGUCAAGCUCCCGCGAACUGGAUCGACUUUCUUCCACCUCCACCGGAACAUCCGCCACCGAUCCCGCAAGCUUUAGACCAUCACAUUCACCUAAACCAUGUGUAUCCCUCGGAACUGAUGGGCGGCAGCGUGUGCUCGCCGAACGGGGCGCCGCCCAUCGGCUCUCAGGGAUCGCUCUGUUGCGGAUCGGCGCAGUCCGGUAUCUAUAAUGGCGGAAGCGUGCAGCACUCAUAUCAAUAUGUAGACCCUUCCCUGCUAGGCCGCGGAUCCUCGUCCCGGAGUAGCUCCAACGAGUGCACGAUGCGGAACGUGCCGCCGCUGCCGUUGCCCCCGCAGCACUUCCCACCGCCGCACCACCAACACCACCCCGCAGCCACCGGUGGCACUCCCGGGGAGCCGCCGUACUUCAACGACGAGGUGUACAACAGCCCGGUCAAGAGCAACGGGGACAUCAGUCAGUAUCAUCCGUAUCGGAUGCCCAACUCGUCGUCGGCCUCCUCCAUAUCAUGCUGCCAGUCGAACCACUCGCGCAGCAGCCAUUCGGCGGGCUCGAAAACGCACGACUACCACCCGGACAAUCAGCACCAACAGAUGCAGCAUCAUCCGCCGCACGCCGGACUGCACGCCAACCUGUGCUAUCCGCCGACGGCGCACGGUCAGCCGCCACAUCUCAACAGGUUGUGUGGCGGUGUAAGCUGCGACGGGCUGUCGACGCCGAAGGUGGUGUCCUUCAACGACCAGUACCAGAUACUGGACGAGAGCAGCAGCACCCCACGGGGUGACGGUAGCGGAGGCAGCGGCGGGGAACACGAGAACUGCACCUACUUCACCAACUACUCGGACGCGUCCGGUGCCAGCAGCAGUAGCGGCAGUGGCGGCUUCCGGAUGCAUCCCAAGUUCGUGAAGACGGUGCAUGUAAAUAUUGAGAACGCCAUCAACGGCAACUACCACCAUCAUCACCACCGAGGACCUCCGACGACGGGGCUCACCAAUGGCCAUCAACCGCAUCACAAUCAUGCCCACGCUUACGUGUACAAUCAGCAGCAGCAGCAGCAGCAGCAGCAGCAGCAACAGCAGCAGGAACCGAUCACCGAGCACGAAGAGACUGAAACGGACAGGAUGCUGACCGGCGGCAGUUACAGUGAGGAGAACGAGGAGCUCACUACGAUCAGCAACGGGUGCUCGGGGCCGGACUCGGAUGGGCACGACAACGAGGCAACGAGGAAGCUCACCAACGGUGACGAUUGCGGGUCGUCCCUGGGGCCGGUCUACGAGGAACCGGUGCGGCAAAGCGCCUAG